CAAUAAAAGCACACAGAGCAAUGAGGACUGGGUAUUGCGGAUGUGCUAGCGGCCAUCUAGCAGCCCAUGUCUUCAGCUCUAUACACAAAAUCCCGGUGACAGGUUCCCUUUGUGCAUCUCACUCCAACAUAGGGAGAUCAAGACGGGCGUGUGGGUAUGCCAGUCUUGAUGAAUUUCCCCCAUGGUGUCAGAAAGUGAGCACGCUGCAGCAUUUUAUUUAGUCAGACGUGCCCUGUAGAGGAGCUUGAGGUCUUAUUGCUAUUUCAUGGCAGAUAGGUUGACAUCUUAAUUUUAGUUGGGCACAUGAAACACUUUGUGCAGAACUGCCUCCCAGAGGGACUUCCCCACCCUUUUUUAUAAAAAAAAAGAAAAGAAAAUGCAAGAAUUAAACAAUAACACAUUUUUGAACGUUCUGCUGAAAGCUUCAAUGAGUAGUAAGAAUACAAUUGGCAUGGACCCGUCUUGUGAACUGUACAGAUUUUCCACUUUCUCCAAAUAUCCAGCACAUCCGCCUGUAUCAGAACGCAGCCUGGCUAAGGCUGGCUUCUAUUACCUCGGCAUAGAUGACAAGGUGAAAUGCUUCAACUGUGGCCUGAUGCUCGAUAACUGGAAGAAGGGAGACAAUGCAAUCGAAAAGCACAAGAAGCUCUAUCCAAGCUGUAGUUUUAUCCAGAACGUCUCAGCCUUAAAUCUUGGGGCGUCUUUAUAUUCUGCCUUUUCCCCUCCUAAUCAGACACAUUCUGAAGAAGAAACCGGCUACUUCAGUGGUUCUCACUUGAGUUUUCCUCAUGAUGCAGUUACAUCAAGGGCAGUGGAAGACCUGUCUCACCAAAAGAGCAGUGACCACUCUUAUAUGUACACGGAGGCGGCCAGACUGGGCACAUAUACAAAUUGGACUCUAUCCUAUCUCGCUCCGGCUGACCUCGCUAAAGCCGGAUUUUACUAUGUUGGGCCUGAAGAUAAAGUUGCCUGUUUUGCUUGUGAUGGGAAGUUAAAUAAUUGGGAACCUAAUGAUAAUGCCAUGUCCGAGCACCGUAGACACUUUCCAAAUUGUCCAUUUGUGAGCAACAGCGCAAGACCCUCUUUGAGGUGCAGCGUUUCCAAUGUCAGCAUGCAGACCACCUCGUCAAGACUUAAAACCUUUCUGAACUGGCCUGUUAAUAUCCCAGUGACACCAAAAAAAUUGGCAGAAGCCGGCUUUUACUAUGUUGGUCGUAAUGAUGAUGUCAAGUGCUUUUGUUGUGAUGGUGGUUUAAGGUGCUGGGAAUCUGGAGAUGAUCCAUGGGUUGAACAUGCAAAGUGGUUUCCCAGAUGUGAAUAUUUACUAAGUGUAAAAGGUCAGAGUUUUGUCACGGAUAUUCAGAAUAGAUAUCCGCAUCUUCUAGAUCAGCUAUUGUCCUCUUCUGAAACACAAAAUGAAGCUCAAUAUCCACCCAUAAUUCGGUUGGGCAAUGAAAACAACAAGGAAGAUGAGGUUUACCUGAACUCUACUGUAGUUCAGAAUGUACUACAGAUGGGAUUCAAUCGAACACUAGUAAAAGAAACUGUCAUGAGUAAAAUAUUAACAUCAGGAGAUAAUUACAAGGAAACUGAAGAUCUGGUAAAUGACUUAUUAUGCACCCAAAAAGAACAGACUGAAGAGGAGAGAGACCGACAGAUGGAGCAGAGUUCAUCAGAUGAACUCUCGCUAAUCAGAAAAAGCCGACUUGCCUUAGCUCAGCGCAUGACAAAUUGCCUUCCAAUUAUAGAAGACUUGUUCACCUCAGAGGUUCUUUCCUUAACUGAAUAUGACUCCAUAAAGCAGAGGGUGCCAAUUGUUUUACAAGUUCAAGAGUUGAUUGAAAUGGUUUUAAUAAAAGGCCGAAAUGCAACUGAGUCUUUUAAAAAGAGUCUCAAUAAGCACGAUCCGAGUCUGCACAGGGAGUUAUUCCUUGAACAGUCGCUGAUAUGUCAAACGUCUGAUAGUUACUCAGAUCUACCAAUGGAAGAGCAGUUGAGAAGGUUACAGGAAGAACGGACUUGUAAAAUUUGCAUGGACCAAGAAGUUUCUAUUGUGUUUAUCCCAUGUGGCCACUUAGUGGUUUGUAAGGACUGCGCACCAUCUCUUCGGAAAUGCCCAAUUUGCAGAGGAAUCAUUAAAGGCACAGUUCGAACCUUCCUUUCAUAAAACCAGAUAGUGAGGAUUGUGUUCAGUUGUCACAAUCUCCUCUUGAACACAUCCCAAGCCACCUAAAGCUGCAUAAAUCUGAUUCAUGUGGUCUAAUAGUCUUUGGGUGGAGGGUUAAAGGGUAACUGUCAUUUUUUUUAUUUAUUUUUUUGCUAGUUUUUUAGAGCUAGGCAUGUAUACCUGAGUUAGUCUGUCAAUGAUUGUCAAAAGAUCUGUAAUUACCUUAUAAUAACAGC